GUCCUAUCCUAAAUACCUAAUAAUUGUGAAUUUAAAAGAUUUGGAGUUUGAAAAAACAACACAACUUCGAUUCCACGAAAAAACAAUCACAGUGCCUUCGUUGAAUUCCGAUGGGUGAGGAAAAUUCAGAACCACCGGCAGCGGCACCGGCAGCGACGUUCAUAGAGGUUACCUGUAGAAGCACCGGAAAGACCGUACGAUUUGCAGCGGGAACAGAUGCGGGAUUCGCGGUUUCGCUGAUAAAUCGGAAAUUGAAAGGAUUGAAUCAAUUGGCAACGCACAUAGAAGCUGUUAAAGAUGGCGAACAAGAAGAAGAAGAAGAAACAAUCGCUUUUGGACCAACUGCUAUUCUCUCAAAUUUCGGUGAAAAUUGGAAGCUCCAAACUGUUCUUUCUUUUGAAGAACGGAUAAAUGGAGGUAUUCAUGGGAUGGCAAAACAGACACCAAAAGAUGUUUCAGGUGAUGAAAGCAGGGUACCCAACCAAAUUAGCUCACUAUAUAUUGUUAAAACAAUAUUUGCUUUUAUUUUGAUUUUUGUACUUGCUGCUAUUUUUACUUUGUUUCUUGACAAUCUUCCUGAAUUGAUAGUUUUUGUUAAGUCAAUAAUAUAAUACUUUUAGUUAAUUGUGUUUGUAACUUAUAAAUUAAACAAAUGGCUUAAUUUUAUAUCCUUCUGUUUUUGUUAUGGAUUAGAACUCAAUCUACUUAAGAAA